UUGUGAGGCAAUGAAUACAUUACAGUUAGCCCAACCUGUUGUUAGCCUGUUGCUGUUGCACUUGCUCUUUGAAGGUGUCCAGUGCUGGAGUUUUGGCUCAGUUAGUCCUCUGUCGGAGCAAAGUGCACCGGAGCCCAGCGAUGCAGGCAACCUGGACAAUCACACGCUUCUUACUCGUCAGCUGAUUGUGGGCACGCUGGUGCCGCCACAGGUGCCUCCAGCCAACUGGCCACAACUGCCUGCCAUCGUCACACCCGGCACCAGUAAUUGCCGUUGCGUGCCUCCGGCGUCGUGUCCUAACCCUGUGCCCACACCCCCAAACGAUGGUAGUGGCCAGCUGGAUAUACGCAUAGUGAACAAUGGCGGAUUGCCCACUGUGCCGACGGCGGUGCCUCCGUUGAGUUGCAACUUUGGUCUUGUGGCAUGCUGCCAGGCAGGCAACUAUCAAUGUGGACUACGCUUCCCACCGCCGCCCGGCUCAGCACUGGCGAGUCCUGGCCAGGCGAGCUUUGGCGCAUAUCCUUGGCAGGCAGCCUUACUGACAACGUCGGAUGUGUAUCUGGGCGGAGGAGCACUUAUUACGGCUCAACAUGUGUUAACUGCUGCCCACAAGGUCUACAAUUUGGCUUUGACAUCAUUUAAGGUGCGCCUGGGUGAAUGGGAUGCGGCUGGAACCAACGAACCGAUUCCUGCUCAGGAUGUGUUCGUCUCCAAUGUGUAUGUGAAUCCUGCCUUCAAUCCCAACAAUUUGCAGAACAAUGUGGCGAUUCUAAAGCUGGCGACUCCCGUCUCCCUCACCAGUCGCUCCACAGUGGGUACGAUUUGUCUGCCCACAACUAGCUUCGUUGGACAGCGCUGCUGGGUGGCCGGUUGGGGAAAGAAUGACUUUGGACCAACUGGAGCUUACCAGGCCAUCAUGCGUCAAGUCGACGUACCACUAAUUCCCAAUACCGACUGCCAAACGGCUCUCCGAGCCACUCGACUUGGUCCCUCUUUUGCGCUCAGCCCGACGAGCUUCAUCUGCGCCGGCGGCGAAGCCGGCAAGGAUGCAUGCACAGGAGACGGCGGCUCUCCCCUCAUCUGUGCCAGCAAUGGCAUCUGGUAUGUGGUUGGACUCGUUGCCUGGGGGAUCGGAUGCGGACAGGCAAAUGUGCCCGGGGUAUAUGUCAAUGUGGGCACCUAUUUACCAUGGAUACAGACAACACUCACACUUUAACGAAUUAUCCCUUUAACUGAGUGGCAAUAGGCUCAAUGAGUCAACCAUCUUACUGCCGAUAAGCUAAUAAAACAAUUAUGUAAGUUCUUAAAUAAACGUUUUGCUUAAUUUGCUUA